AUGGGGAAAAUGUGGAACAACUUGAGACACUGGUGCCAGGUUCUGUUUGAAGGAGGAAGCAUCACUGAGACUGUGGACAUGAACUCCAGCAGGUGUGUGUCUGACAAAGAGAAAAUCAUCAAUCUGGGAGAGUUCACUCCCCAGCAGCAGAGCAGUCCCUUAAGAGAAAACUUUGCCUUACAGCAGGGACUCAACCAAAAACCUAAAAAUUCCGGAGUCGCAGUCUCCGCGCCGGGCGGCCUGGGAAAGUCACAGUCAGCAGCGCAGUGGCGGGAACAGCAGCCCGGCGGCCCUGGAACCUCCCAGGGUCCGUUGACAUUCAGAGAUGUGACCGUGGACUUCUCCCAGGAGGAAUGGGAAUGCCUGGACUCGGCUCAGAGGGCUUUGUGCAUUGAUGUGAUGUUAGAGAAUUACAACAACCUGGUCUUUGUGGAGAACUAUUAUAUAUGUGAUCCUGUCCAUCAACUCGGGAAAACUGAAAAGGAGUCUUGUCAGUGUAAUGAGCUCGGAAAUAUUCUUCAUGACCCCUCCACAUGCGCACUUUAUAGAACAACUGAAACUACAGAAAACUCUAAUAACUACAGAUGCAGUGAUCACAGGGAUGCCUCUGUUGACUCAUCAAACCCAGAUAGACAUGAAAGCAUGCACACUGGAGAAGAACUUUGCAAAUCCAAAGACUGUGAGAAAUCUUUAAAUUUGUGCUCCAGUAUUACUCAAGAUCAGAGAGUCUACACUGCAAAGAAAGAGCACAGGCAGGGAGAACAUGAUGACUCUUUCAGCUCUGCAUACAGUCUUUUGCAACAACCAAUCUACAUUGGAGAGACAUCACACCGGUGUGGGACAUGCGGGAAAUGCUUCAGAACUGUCUCAGGUCUCAUUGUACAUGAGAGAAUUCAUACUGCAAUUAAACGCAACAAGCGCAACAUUUGUGAAAAAUCUUUUACCCAGCAUUCAAUUCAUAAAAUACUUGAAAGACUUCAUACGGGGGAGAAACCUUACAAAUGCAAAGAAUGUGGAAGGUCAUUUCAUCUUUUAUCAGCAUUUCAUAGCCAUCAGAAAUUGCAUACUGGAAAGAAACCUUACAAAUGUAAGGAAUGUGACAAAUCCUUUAUCCACAACUCACAUCUUAGAACACAUCAGAGCAUUCAUACUGGAGAGAAACCUUACAGUUGUAAGGAAUGUGACAAAUCCUUUACCACUUCCUCAAGUCUUAGAAUACAUCAAAGAGUCCAUACUGGGGAGAAACCUUACAAAUGUAUGGAAUGUGGCAAGUCCUUUAGCCAGCUCUCAAAUCUUCGAACACAUCAGAGAGUUCAUGCCAGGAAGAGACCUCACAAAUCUGUGGAAUGUGACAAGUCCUUUACCCGGCACUCACAACUUAGAACACAUCACAGAGUUCACACUGAUGAGAAUCCUUACAAAUGUAUGGAAUGUGACAAGUCCUUUACCCAGGACUCGCACCUUAGAAGACAUCAGAGAGUUCAUACUGGAGAGAGACCUUACAGUUGUGAGGAAUGUGACAAAUCCUUUAUCAGUUGCACAGAUCUUAAAAGACAUCAGAAAGUUCAUGUUGGAGAGAGGCCGUACAGUUGUGAGGAAUGUGACAAAUCUUUUGCAAAGUGGGAUCAACUUAGAACACAUCAGAAAAUUCAUUUAGGAAUGUAAGGACUGACAUAUCCUUUAUAAGUCUAAGGAGACAUUAGAAAAUUCAUACUAGAGAGAAAAUCACCAUUGUAAAUACUGUGACAGCAUUUUGGUGAUCUCUGCUUAGAAAUCACAGCAAUAUGUAAAACAGAAACAUACAAGUAAGAAAAUUGUGAAAGCCUUUAAUUAGGUUUAAUUCUUUGAAAAUGUCAGAGUUUAUGCCAAAAUAAAAUUGUCUCAAUGUUACUGUGGCAAAA